AUGGGCUCCGAGGCAGCUGCGGACUGUGUGAUGCGCGAGGUGGCGGCCAGAAUCAUUCAACACCACUUCCGAGAGCGCCGCAAGCGGCCCAGCGCCAGUGGCAGCGCCCGGUGGCCUGCCACCCCGCCGGCGCCGCCAGCCAGUUGCAGCUCCAGCUUUGCCCGCAAAGCCAGUGUGCUAGACUUCAUGCCGGGGCCGCGCCCCGCGUCAGUGCAGGCCACGCGUGCCGCGGCGUCGGGCAGGCCCUUCUCGCCCACGGCGCGCCAGCUGCAGAUGGGGGAUGUGCGGGCGUCCGCCUCCACUGAGAAGAUGGGGCACAUCAUGCGGAUGAUUGCGGAGCUGGAGAAGCAGGCAGUUGAGGAGGCACGCCAGGUGGCGCCGCCACCAGCUGUUCCGCCACCCCAGCCUCGGCUGCAGGCGCAGCAGCAGGAGCAGCAGGCCAAGUCGCCAACAUCCACGGCCCACCCCAUCGCCAGGGUUCUGGCCGCGCAGGCGCUGAGCAUCGGCAGCAAGCAAAUAGUUGCGGCGGCCGCCACCGAUCCUGUGGCAGCGGGGGCGCUGCGUGCCGCAGAGGCAUCCACGAUGCCACCGGCGCCUCCUGCUGGUCAGCUGAAUGCUGCCGCCGUGGCCAGCAGCGUGCGCGCCAAGAUCCAGCAGCUGCAGCAGCAGGUGGCGGACAAGGAUGGCCAGCUGGCGGAGCUGCGGCAGCAGGCGCAGGCGGCGCGGCGGGAGCAGGCCGUGGCGCUGCGGGCUGCAGAGGCCAGCCACAAGGCCCAGCUGGCCGAGCAGAAGGCGGAGACAGAGGCCAGCGUCUCCCGCAGCAUGCAGCUCAUCGACCGAAUCAUGAAGGACAAGGACGCGCUGUCAGGCACGGCCCCCAAGUGCGCCAGGCUGUCAGCGGAUGUCGGCGCCAUGCAGGCGGAGGCCGCCAAGCAGAUUGAGGCGCUGAAGGAGGGUCUGGCCCGGGAGCUGCGCAAGCAGAAGGAGGUGUGGGUGGCGGCCGAGCGCGCCAAGCGCGAGGCGUGGAUGGCCGAGCAGACGCGCAGCAUCAAGGAGAGCACCAUCAAGGGGCUGGAGCCGGAGAUUCAGGCAAGGCGGGGCCGUCAAUGGGCAGGUCAGCGGCCGAAUGGUAUGGGCAGCGCUCUUGCCCGGGAGCAGCAAGGCUAG